AUGAACAAUGAACGUGCGCCAGGACAAAUUUCGGAUGAUGAUGAUCAAAAUUCUUUGACAUCUUAUCAAAAAUUUGAUAGAAAAAAAAUAAAUCAAAAGCAAGAAGCAAUAAAACGCGCUGGAGAUUUACGUACUCGUCGUACACCUCAUCGAACGGAUAUGUCAGGUCCGGAUGAAAUAAAAGGAUUUGACAAUAGUUCAUUUCAUCCUGAUGAUGGUGAACUAACAACAUUUAAUGGUAAUACUCGUACAAUAGCUUUACCAACUGAACCAUUGCGUACUAUUCGUAUAACUUCCAAUGAAAAAGUGAUAGCAAAAAAUAGUACAAAUAUCUCUCGUCCAUCAACUGCCACAUCCAUUCAAUCAACAUCUCUAAAUCGUUCUAUAAAUGCAACACAAAGACUAUCCGGUGUUACAACUACAGCAACUAUUGACGAUGAUGGAGACGAAAUAAGAUUGCAUGAACGCAAAUGCACGAGCAAGCAUGAUGAUCACCUUCCUUCUACUAAACAAGCUCACCGUCGUUAUCGUCGUAAACCUAUUCAACAUUCUGCUUCAUCGUCAUCACUUGAUAAUGAUGAUCCUAAUCCAUUAUCUCGCACUGAUAAUGUUGUGGCAAAAAACCCUUCACAACAUGAUCAUAAAGAUGAAAUAACCUCUAAUAAUCGUGUUGUAUCUCCUAAUGAAUCAAAAAAAUCUAAAAAUCCUCCUCGUGAUUAUACAGAUUCAGAUGAUGAAGCUGAACGUUUACCAGUUAAACCAUGGUCACCAACUCCAAGUUAUUCUAAUGGUUCAUCAUCAUUACAAAUUGCAAAUAUGCCUAAUAAUAAUCAAGAUCCACAAGCAUCAUCACCACAAUUAACCGUAGCGUUACGUGAACUAUUUGAAAUGAUUACAGAAGACUUAGAUAGAUUUGUUUAUACACCAGCACCAAACGGUCUUGGUGAUAUUCAAUGUCGUAUAACACGUGAUAAACGUGGCAUGGAGAAAGGUCUUUUUCCAACAUAUUAUAUGCAUGUUGAAAGACCAAGUGAUGGAAAAAAAUUUUUUAUUCUUGCUGGUCGUAAACGUCGACGUAGCGCAACAUCAAAUUAUUUGAUAUCAACUGAUGCAACUGAUUUAUCACGUGAUGGUGAAAGAUUUAUUGGAAAAUUAAGAGCAAAUAUGUUAGGUACACAGUUUACUGUAUAUGAUCAUGGCUCAAAUCCAAGAAGAAAUAUUCCGGUUGAAGAAAAUCGUCGAGAAUUAGCUGCAAUUGUUUACGAAACAAAUAUUUUGGGUUUUAAAGGACCACGUAAAAUGACAAUACUUAUUCCAGGCAUGAGUAGUGAUCAUAUGCGUGUUGAAGUUCGACCAAGAAAUGAAUCCGAAAGUUUAAUUGAACGAAGGAGACAUAAUAAUAUGGAUAAUAUACUUGAAUUACAUAAUAAAACACCAGUGUGGAAUGAAGAAACUCAAUCUUAUGUACUUAAUUUUCAUGGACGUGUAACACAGGCAUCAGUUAAAAAUUUUCAAAUUGUACACGAUGAUGAUCAAGACUAUGUAUGCAUGCAAUUCGGUCGUGUUAGUGAUGAUGUUUUCACAUGCGAUUACAAAUAUCCAUUAUGUGCUGUUCAAGCAUUUGGUAUUGCUCUAUCGUCUUUUGAUGGAAAACUUGCUUGCGAAUAA